GAUGAUUUCUCGCAUUGACAGACUUUCGUUGACGCCGGGUAAACACAAACUGAACGGAAAGGCUCUUCCCCUUUGUGAGCAAAACAAAAUGCCCGAUGAUUUCUCAUUGGUCGAUGCCCCCUCAUCACGUGACACUCGACCAAUAGUAAUUCACGAAGAUUCUAAAACUCAUGGGAGACGGACUGAGUGUACUGCGAUCGCUUUUUUACUGAGGUUUUCGGGUGCAAUUCGACAAUAAAUUCGAACUAAGAAUUUUAGAUAGAGGUGAUGAUAAGCGGAAUCUGUGGACGAUAAUGGCCUCGGCACUAGAGCAGUUUGUAAAUAAUGUUCAGACUCUUUCCACUCAAGGAAAUUUUCGGGAAUUGUGCGAUGUCAUCAGUAAAUCCACUGAGGUGCUUAUGAAAAAUGCCCAGCACUUGGACAAUGUCCUGGAGACCCUGGACCUUCAGCAGCACUCGCUAGGAAUACUGGCAGUUCUCUGCGUGAAAUUCUCACUUCCAAAUCCAGCUGGGAGCAGUAAUGCUGACGCUUAUAAGACGCUGUUCAAUCAAGUGCAUGAGUUCAUCGCUGGCUGCAAUGGAGAGCAAGUGCGAUUUGCUCCUGAGACAUAUGCAGAGCUGUGUCACCUCGUAACUCAAGUAAUGGUCGAGCUGUCGUGGCCAAUUGGAGGUAUUGAUCUCCUUCGUCGUGCUAUCAGAAAGAUUCAGCUGUUCGACAGCCAAUUGACAUCGAUACACGCAGACCUCUGUCAGCUCUGCCUCCUCUCCAAGUGCUUCAAGCCAGCCCUCGAAUUUCUCGAUACAGACAUAACGAAUAUCAGUCAAGAGGGUGGACAAUUCGACUCCAAGUAUUUCCUCCUCUAUUACUACUAUGGUGGAAUGAUCUACACAGCUGUAAAGAACUACGACAGAGCCCUGUACUUCUUCGAGGUAUGCGUGACACUGCCAGCGAUGGCUGUCAGUCACAUUAUGCUGGAGGCAUACAAGAAGUUCAUCCUCGUAUCGCUGAUACUGCAUGGCAAGAUCAUCAAUAUACCAAAAUACGCGAGUCCUGUACUGAUCAGAUUCAUCAGGCCACUCAGUCAGCCUUAUCAGGAGCUCGCUGCGGCUUAUCAGACGCAUAGCUGUGACGAGGUCCAGGGGAUUAUCACUAAGUAUCAAGAAUUAUUCACUAGAGAUCACAAUCUUGGACUGGUUAAGCAGGUUCUGGGGUAUCUGUACAAGAAGAAUAUUCAGAGACUCACCAAAACGUUCUUGACGCUCAGUCUCAGCGAUGUCGCCAGUCGAGUGCAACUGGCUGGACCUGCUGAUGCUGAGAAAUAUAUUCUCAAUAUGAUUGAAGAUGGUGAAAUAUUCGCAACAAUCAACCAGAAAGACGGUAUGGUAGUGUUCCACGAUGACCCCGAGAAAUACAACUCCCCACGUAUGCUCGCACGUCUCGAGAAACAAAUGGCAGCAUGUGCAGAGCUGGACAAACGUGUACUCGAAAUGGACGAGGAAGUGACUGUGAUGCCUCAGUAUGUACGUAAGGUAUGCGGUCAGAGUGACCAGGACGAUUCAACCACAGGGCAACCAUCUAGCAACGCCACCAAUGCCCAGAGCCAACCCAAGAUCAACACUUACUCUAUGUAACAUCGGUCUGUUGCGCAUUAUUUUUCUUCAUUUGCGUUAAAAACAAGGAGUACAGAGAGCCAUGAAUGCAUCAAUGUACGUUUUAGGUAGUAUUUCCCAUGUUUUUUAAGUGCAACUUUGAUUUGUGAGGAUUACAGUCAACAUUCGGAGAUUCAGUUUUUCAAUAAAAAAAAACUGCCUAAUAAAACACGAAUAAGUGAAAUUAAAAGUCACAAUAUCUCUGAAAUAAUAAAUUCUUCUCGUUUUAUUUUCUUUUUUAUUUUCAUAUAAAGAUUCUGGAGAUAUUGUUACUCUUAAUUCACUAAACUUUUCACACUGAAGACGAUUAGGAAAUUCAAGACAAAUUUGCAUAAAUAAAUUGAAACAGAAAAUACCAGUAAAUUUAUCAUCUUUUUAUUUGCUUGAUCACAAAAAUGCUCAAAUACAAUCGCUAUUCAAGGCAAGCGAAGAGAAAAAUUGAUAAUGGCACGGAUGGUAUAAAAUUCAUAGUUUGUAAGUUUCUUUAAGGAAUUCAAUAACUUUCAUAUGUGGUGAUAAUUCUGAGCCGUCGGGCUACGGCUGGAUCUUAUCAGCAGAUCAACUAGAAUAAGAAGAAGAAUGAGGAUGCUGAAUAAAGAACUGAGAAGUGUGAAAGUCA